CGUACAGCCACCACAUCCCUUUUAAGGACUCGAAAGACAGACAAGCCUCACCUCCAGGAGGGCCCCAAACUACACCGAUCUCAAACCCACCUCGACCCCACAAGAGCCAUGUAGCCAUGAUGAUUCAUCUUACUGCCACCCCAUGCCUGGUACAGAAUCCACAGAGGAUACAGGCAGUGGCCACCAAGAUGCUUCAUACUGCCACCACAUCCCUUUUAAAGGCUCGAAAGAACAGACAGGCCUCAACUCCAGUAGGGCCCAAAACUACACCGAUCUCAAACCCACCGGUACCUCGACCCCACAAGAGAAGAGCGGCGAAGACUACGCCCAUCUGUACCGUACGUUGGACCACGUGGUGGUGUCCUCCGAUCAUCCCUACGACAAGCCUGAAGAUGUUUACAACAAACCGGAGGAUGUUUACGACAAGGCUGAGGAUGUUUACAGAUACAAGGAUCCCGAGGAAGUUAGCUGUGCUUACAAGGCUAGAGAGCGUGUUGUGGAGAUGUGGAACAGUGUUAAGCUCAGCGGCGUGUUUUGGGGUUGCCUUGUCUGCGGACUCCUGCUUGUGACGUCAGCUGUCACAGCUUCAAUCCUCUUCACUCAUUUCCUUUCUGGAAAAGCGGAUCAGGCCGACUUGAUGGGGAAUAGUUCGGAGCUACAGGAAACAUCAAACUGGACAAUCGUCAAUUUCGACUUCGUGACUUUUCCCACGACUGUCGUCUACCUGUCGGUCACAGACAUAGAUGAGUGUGCCAGCAAACCACGGCCAUGCCUACAUGGAACCUGUGUGAACAAAGAUGGCGGAUACAACUGCACCUGCUCUCCCGGAUGGACUGGACAGGACUGUCAGCAAGACAUAAACGAGUGUGCCAGCAAACCAUGCCUACAUGGAACAUGUGAGAACAAAGAUGGCGGAUACAUGUGUAUCUGCUCAUCUGGAUGGACCGGACAGAACUGUCAGCAAGACAUAAAUGAGUGUAACAGGAACCCAUGUCAACAUGGACACUGUGUGAACCAAGAUGGAGGAUACAAAUGUACCUGCUCACAUGGAUGGAUUGGACAGAACUGUCACCAAGACAUAGAUGAGUGUACCAAAAAUCCCUGUCAACAUGGACGCUGUGUGAACAAAGAUGGAGGAUACAACUGUACCUGCUCACCUGGAUGGACUGGACAGAACUGUCAGCGAGACAUAGAUGAGUGUACCAAAAAUCCCUGUCAACAUGGACGCUGUGUGAACAAAGAUGGCGGAUACAAAUGUACCUGCUCAUCUGGAUGGACUGGACAGAACUGUCAGCGAGACAUAGAUGAGUGUACCAAAAAUCCCUGUCAACAUGGACGCUGUGUGAACAAAGAUGGCGGCUACAAAUGUACCUGCUCACCUGGAUGGACUGGACAGAACUACAUAGAUGAGUGUACCAAAAAUCCCUGUCAACAUGGACGCUGUGUGAACAAAGAUGGAGGAUACAAAUGUACCUGCUCACCUGGAUGGACUAGACAGAACUGUCAGCGAGACAUAGAUGAGUGUAUCAAAAAUCCCUGUCAACAUGGACGCUGUGUGAACAAAUAUGGCGGAUACAAAUGUACCUGCUCACCUGGAUGGACUGGACAGAACUGUCAGCGAGACAUAGAUGAGUGUACCAAAAAUCCCUGUCAACAUGGACGCUGUGUGAACCAAGAUGGCGGAUACAAAUGUACCUGCUCACCUGGAUGGACUGGACAGAACUGUCAGCGAGACAUAGAUGAGUGUACCAAAAAUCACUGUCAACAAGGACGCUGUGAGAACAAAGAUGGCGGAUACAAAUGUACCUGCUCACCUGGAUGGACUGGACAGAACUGUCAGCGAGACAUAGAUGAGUGUACCAAAAAUCCCUGUCAACAUGGACGCUGUGUGAACAAAGAUGGCGGAUACAAAUGUACCUGCUCAACUGGAUGGACUGGACAGAACUGUCAGCGAGACAUAGAUGAGUGUACCAAAAAUCCCUGUCAACAUGGACGCUGUGUGAACAAAGAUGGCGGAUACAAAUGUACCUGCUCAACUGGAUGGACUGGACAGAACUGUCAGCAAGACAUAAAUGAGUGUACCAGAAAUCCCUGUCAACAUGGACGCUGUGUGAACCAAGAUGGUGGAUACAAAUGUACCUGCUCACCUGGAUGGACUGGACAGAACUGUCAGCGAGAUAUAAACGAGUGUGCCAGCAAACCAUGUCUACACGGAACAUGUGUGAACAAAGAUGGCGGAUACAAAUGUACCUGCUCAUCUGGAUGGACUGGACAGAACUGUCAGCAAGACAUAGAUGAGUGUACCAAAAAUCCCUGUCAACAUGGACGUUGUGUGAACAAAUAUGGCGGAUACAAAUGUACCUGCUCACCUGGAUGGACUGGACAGAACUGUCAGCGAGACAUAGAUGAGUGUACCGAAAAUCCCUGUCAACAUGGACACUGUGUGAACAAAGAUGGCGGAUACAUGUGUAUCUGCUCACCUGGAUGGACUGGACAGAACUGUCACCAAGACAUAAAUGAGUGUGUCAGGAAACCAUGCCUACAUGGAACCUGUGUGAACAAAGAUGGCGGAUACAAAUGCAGCUGCUCACCUGGAUGGACUGGAAAGAACUGUCAGCAAGACAUAAAUGAGUGUGUCAGCAAACCAUGCCUACAUGGAACCUGUGUGAACAAAGAUGGCGGAUACAAAUGCAGCUGCUCACAUGGAUGGACUGGACAGAACUGCCAGCAAGACAUCAAUGAGUGUACCAUGAGGCCUGCACAUCGAUGCCUACAUGGAACCUGUGUGAACAAAGAUGGCGGAUACAAAUGCAGCUGCUCACAUGGAUGGACUGGACAGAACUGCCAGCAAGACAUCAACGAGUGCGUGAAAAUCCUGUCGGCAUGCAACCAUGGCCGCUGUCAAAACCAAGAGGGCGGAUACAAAUGUACCUGCUCACCUGGAUGGACUGGACAGAACUGUCAGCAAGGUGAGUUAUAUAAUAGCAAAGCGUCCCGGCGCUGUCAGCAUGGGUGGAGUGAACACAACAACCACUGCUACAAGCUGGUGAACGAGGAAGUCAGCUUCAGUACAGCGAACCAAAGGUGCAAAGGAAUGGGUGCGAAUCUCGCUUCUAUCAGGGACGGCCAGGAGAACAGCUUCAUUGCAAGUGCAUCUGAUGAUAUGGUCUGGAUAGGACUACAACACAAGAAGUGGACGGACGGGUCAGCAUUUCCUUACAGGAACUGGGCUAAGGGAGGGAACUGA